AUGAAUUAAAUAAACGAAGAAGAAUUAGAAUUAGCAUAAAUCUACAAAUGUAGUUUUAAUUAGCCUCCAUAAAAUGAAGAAAAAUAUGGAAAAAAGUUGUUGCUUAUAAGGCAUGCUUUGAGUGAGUUCAAUUUCAAAUAUGAAAGAAUUUUCAUUGAAAAUCCUUAAUUGUAAAGAACAGAUCCUACUCUUAUUGACCUCAGAGUUUCACUUGAAUACAUAGAUGGACCUUUGCACUAAAUUGGUGAGAAGUAAUGCAUAAGCCAUUAAGAUUAAGUUGCUAAGAUUGAAACCGAACUUGUUUUAAUAUCACCUUUAUAAAGAACUUUGCAAACAGCAAUCCUUUUGUUUUAAAAGCAUCCAAAUAGAUAGAACAUAAAAUUCUUAGUUUACCCGUGGUUAUCAGAGUCUUUAAAUUGCGCAAAUUGUAUAUCAAACUAAAUAUAUGGUGCAAUGAGAGAAAAAUAUUUAAAGGAAGCUUCUAAACACAAUAUUUAAUUAGAUUUCUCCAUUUUAGAUGAUAAAAAGAUAUUUCCAACUUAACUUUAGUGGUAAAUAGAAUCUAUGGAAAAUAAUGAAAACUAUAAGGAGUUAGCUAAAAAUGUAACUUCAGAACAACAGUAUGCAGAACAUUUAUCAGAGUAAAUGAGAAAAAUGUAUCCUGAUUUUUAUGAAACUUGGGAUCUAAUGCUAAAGAGAUCUGAAAAUCUAAAAAAUAAGCUUAAGGAGAUAUUAAAAGAAUAGCAAAAAACUGUUACAGUAGUAAGCCACUGUAAUAUUUUGAAGUGUUUAACAAAAGUAAGAGUUGAUGAGAAAGGAUGGGUUCACGGAAUUCACAUAAAUAAUUGUGGAAUGACAUAUUAUAAUUUUGAUUGA